AUGAACACGAACACCGAAGAGCAGUUGUUGAUAGGCUCUGUCGACCACGAAAAUUAUGAUGCCAUAACUAGACAUCCAUCGCGAAACGAGACUGGCUAUAUCAUUACUCCGAAAUCAGAACUCAAAUUCGUGUCUUCAGCCUCUGCCCCCCUUGUUGUAACUUUCUUUCUCCAGUACUUGUUGUCUGUGACGACUAUCUAUGCCUCGGGAAGAUUGGGUGCCAAGGAGCUUGCUGCUGCCUCGUUGGCUGUUUGUACUUUCAAUAUCACAGGCUUAGCUGUAUAUCAGGGCAUGGCCACCUCUUUAGAUUCGUUUUGUUCCCAGGCUUAUGGCUCUGGCAAGUUGACCAAUGUAGGAUUGUAUUUCCAGCGUUGUUCCUUCAUGAUGUUGGCCAUUACCAUCUUCCCCUUAGGUUUCAUCUGGUGGUUCUCUGGCUCCAUCUUGAGCCUCGUGGUUCCAGACCAAGAAUUGGUAGAAAUGACUCAACUUUUCCUCAGAAUCAACAUCUUCGGCACCCCAGGUCUAUUGCUCUUUGAAACUGGAAAAAGAUUCUUGCAAGCGCAACAUAUCUACAACGCUGGAACUUAUGUUCUUUUAUUAGUCGCUCCUCUCAACUUGUUCUUGAAUUGGAUUCUUGUAUGGCAUCCAAUCUAUGGUUUAGGGUUUAUUGGCUUGCCCAUCGCUGUUGGUAUUGUAUACUGGAUCAUUUCGUUGUUGAUGUUAGGAUACGUAGUUGUAGUUGACGGUAAGAAGUGUUGGGGAGGUCUUGAGAUCGAAAAGGCAUUUAUCAACUGGCGUCCUAUGCUCCAAUUGGCCAUCCCAGGCUUGAUCAUGGUUGAAGCCGAGUACUUAGCAUUCGAAGUGUUGACAAUAUUGUCAUCUUCAUUCGGAACCGCUUCUCUUGCUGCUCAGUCCAUUGGUGCCAAUGCGGGUUCCUUAGCUUUCCAAUUGCCAUUUGCUGUAGCCGUAGCCUUAAGCACCAGAAUCGGCCAUUUCAUUGGUAUGGAAGAUGUAAAAUCGGCCAGAAUAGUCACCAACUUGACAAUUAUAUUUGCCACUUCCAUUGCUGUAUUGAAUGCCUCGCUGAUCUUCUUUGGUAGAAAGUGGUUGGCCACUUUGUUCACUGACGACGACGAUGUUCUUGAAAUAUCCACCGAUAUUCUCAGACUUGUAGCCAUAAAUCAGAUAGGGGACGCCUACAAUGUUAUUGGUGCUGGUGUGCUUAGGGGUCAGGGAAGACAAAGAAUUGGCUCCAUUCUUAACAUGAUUUCUUACUAUGUCAUUGCUCUUCCUGUGGGCUACUAUCUUGCCUUCCACGUGGGACUUGGCUUGCAUGGCUUGUGGUUCGGCUUGAUUGCUGGAGUUGCCACUUUGGCAUUGGGAGAAUUCAUUUGCAUUUACACGAGUGACUGGAACCGGAUCCUAAUCGAGUCUAGAGACAGACACGACUAA